GUGCUGCGUUUUCCAUGGGGAUUUCGGGAGGUUUGAGUACCACCAUCGCUGUACUUUGUCAUGAACUUCCACAUGAACUCGGUGAUUUUGCUGUGUUGUUACAAGCUGGACUCCACGUCAGACAGGCUGUCUUGUUUAACCUCGUGUCUGCGGUUAUCAGUUACCUCGGCCUGGCCGUCGGCAUUGCUAUUGGCCAGUACACUGCCUAUAUUACACCCUGGAUAUUUACCAGCACGGCUGGCAUCUUCCUGUAUGUUUCCCUGGUUGACAUGCUCCCGGAGAUGUUACACACGCAGACAGAGAGGCGGCAGCACAGUGCUCUCGGGAUCUUUCUCAGUCAGAACCUCGGCUUUCUGCUCGGCGUUGGGGUCAUGCUCUGUAUCGCCCUGUUUGAGGACAAAAUGCACAUAGACAUCAGCUUUUAGCGGUGCGAAAGCGGACAGGAACAGGACCGAAAAUCAUCUCAGAGCGUCUCUCACCAAGUGAGAUCUUCCUAUUCUCAGACACAUCCUGACACCUUCCCAGCAACAUGGCCGCUCCCAGAAAUCCAGGGGUCAGCAGGGCCUGGACUUCCCGAAAUCUCGCCAAGUCGGCUGGACGCGACAUGGGGAAAUGUAGACCUUUCAGACAGCAAGAGACGUCAAUCAAACAUCUUCCCGUUUACUCUCCACACUAACAGACAUUACCAGACAUUCCCCAGACUCUGGGAAAUCUAACCAUGUUUAUCCCUACUCUGCAAUCCAGCUGGUACUGUCCCUGCCUCUGCAGCAGGCUGUGACAAAGAAUGGGGAAUCCUGCGCUUUAAGAGAGAGACAGAUUUAUCCAACAGUGUAAUACUCUGAUAUACCCCACACCCCUCAUUGUAGCACCCUGAUAUACCCCACACCCCUCACUGUAACACUCUGACCCCCACAUCCCUCAUUGUAACACCGUGAUAUACCCCACGCACCUCACUGUGACACCCUGAUAUACACCACAUCCCUCACUGUGACACACAGAUAUACACCACACCCCUCACUGUAACACCUGAUAUACCCCACACCCCUCACUG